CCCUAAAUUGGUGUUUGAGGGAGCCCUUAUCCUCCCCUCUAUUCCCGGCCACACACUAGCUAAUAAUAUAAAAAAAUGGUAAAGAACUAUAUUUCAUACUUAUAUAUUUAAUUAAGAAACACCGACGAGUAGAAUAUAUUGUUGGAGCAACAAAUCAUGGAGCAGUACUGGGACGACGAUCUACUCAUCGCGGCUCAAUCCGACUUAUGGAACCACCUGUUCGUCUUCCUCAAAUCCAUGUCGCUCAAGUGCGCCGUCGAGCUCGGCAUACCCGACGCCAUCCACCGCCACGGCGGCCCCACCUCCGUCCCCGACCUCGUCGCCGCGCUCGAUCUCCCAGCCGCCAGACUUCCGCAGCUCCGCCGCCUCAUGCGCAUGCUCGCUUUCUCCCGCAUCUUCACGAGGCAGACGUCGGAAGACGCCGCCGGCGGGGAGGAGGAGGAUUUGUACGGCCUCACGCCGACGUCCCGCCUGCUCGUCGACGAAGCCGGAGGCCGCCGCAGCCUCGCGCCGUUUGUGCGCUCGAUGUUCGACCCGGUGCUGAUGGCGCCGUCGCUGCGCUUAGGCGACUGGUUUAAAGAAACCGACGGCAUCGCGACGCCGUUUGAGGCGCUGUACGGAAGCAAUAUCUGGGGCGUGACGAGCCGGAACCCGGAGUUCAACGCGGCGUUCAACGAGGGCAUGGCGGCGGACGGGAGGUUCAUAAUGGACGUGGUCGUCAGGAAAUGCGGGCAUGUCUUUUGCAGGCUGCGGUCGCUGGUUGACGUCGGUGGGGGGACCGGCACUGCCGCCCGCGCCAUAGCGGAGGCAUUUCCGGACGUCAAGUGUGCGGUUCUCGAUCUGCCUCAGGUGGUCCAGGGACUGCCGGCAGACGGGCCCGUGGAAUUUAUCGCGGGCAGCAUGUUCGAGCGCGUUCCUCCGGCGGAUGCCGUGAUGUUAAAGUGGGUUCUGCAUGACUGGGACGACGAGGAUUGCGUGAGGAUAUUGCGGCGGUGCAAGGAGGCGAUCCCACCGAGAGAGGCCGGAGGAAAGGUUAUUGUCAUCGAGCCAGUGAUCGGGUCGAGCCCCGAAGAGAAGUCGACGGCGGCGCAGCUCUUCAUCGACAUGUGGAUGAUGAUCCAGGCUGGGGGACGUGAGAGAGACGAGCUGGAAUGGCGCAAAAUAUUCACUAAGGCAGGAUUCAGUGAUUACAAGAUUGUUGCCACGCUUGGUUUCCGAUCAGUUAUUGAGGUGUAUCCUUGAAAUAAAAUUUAUUUUAAGAUGAACUUUUUAGGCGGACUUGGAGCUUGUUAUGAAUUUCGGAUUGUUGGGUUAAAUAAUUGAGGCUUUUGCUUCUUUAUCCCUUA